UCCACCAAGCUUGUCGUCGUGUGCGACUUGUUGUCUAAAGUAGGUAGCAACGAGCGACUUGCUACUCCCUUAAUCCAUGUCGGCAACUUCUUCUUUUUCAUCGUCUGGUCUUUAUUAGCAACUUCAAGUGGCAGGGAGAGCAAGCACUAUUCAGUUUGGCGCUGGUUCGUCUUUCAUUCAUUUUCACGGGGCGCUCAUCCCCAUCGCCGUCCUAAAUCCUCCAAACAUGCGGUUACCACGCCUGAUUCUCCUGCUCUUAUGUUUCGUCGCCCUCUCGGUCGUCUUCACUUCCUUCUCACUUCUUUCAGCGCAUCCUCGGCGACAGAGCUCAAAUUCUGCGACCGAUUCUCGAGCCGCCCGCGGUAUUCGCGCUCUCUUCUCCUUUAAUACACCCCUCUUCCCACCUUCGGCCAUCAUCAGCCUUACAGACGACAACUCUACAUUCUUUUUAGCCCGGCCUGCAGCGUUUGGGCCUCUCCUACCCUCUAAAGGCUUGAGUGGGCCGCUCUGGGUCGGGAGUGGGUUUGGCGACGAUAGCCUACGAAGAGGUGGUAUUAUAGCAGGCUCCGAAGGGGAGCUAGGCUGCAGCGACGUCCCUGGAUGGGGUGAACUGGACAAAGCUGGAGCAGGAGGGACAUCUGGAUCAAAGGGCUCCCUCAAGAAAGUGUCCACUUCGAAAAAGCAGGCAGAAAAGGGAGAACGCAAAAACGAAAAAGCUAAGCGGUCGGUUGAAGGGAACAUUGAGAAGGGGCAGGACAGUGCAGUGACCUCCGGCCCACACGAGGAUGAUGGAACAGAUGACUAUCUACACCAUCCACUUCCUGGCUCCGACAUUUCAAACUCCGAACGUCAUGGCCAUGAUUUGUCCAAUUCUGCCCCAAACAAAGGAGCCAAAAGCCCUGCCCACGCCGAUAUCCAGUCGCUUCAGGAGAGCGCAGAGAUUGCCGGAAAGGUCGUUCUACUGAGUCGAGGAGGAUGUGGAUUUUUAGAGAAGGUCAAAUGGGUACAGCGGCGAGGUGGCAUAGCGCUUAUUGUGGGCGAUGAUACACGGGGCGGUGGGCUUGUCACCAUGUACGCUCGCGGCGAUACCUCCAAUGUCAGCAUUCCAGCGCUCUUUACGUCCCAUACCACGGCGCAUCUACUGUCAUCUCUCAUUCCUCCAGGAUUCGCGGACGAGAAAGCAGUCAAGAGUGCUACGGUAAAAGCAAAAGCGGACUUGAAAAGCAACCCUACAACUGAUAAAGCUAUGCGGCAAAAGGCAGGCCCAACUAGCGAUCAUUCUCCUCAGACUCCGGCAGACACCAAGAAGAAAGCAAGCUCUUCGAAGAAGAUUACACGCCGCGCAGCCCUAAAAUCUUCAAAUCCGACAAAGGACCCGAACGCAGCUGAGAAUAACGAACGCCCAGGGUGGAUACGCUCAUUUUUCUUGAUGUUCGGGAUUGGUAGCAGCAAACAGUCGCGCAGUUCAGGAGAGGACAGUAGACGUCCUCCGAGCAGCGGUCACCUUCACUGGGUUCCUUCCGAGGCUUUGGAUGAAAUCAAUGAGGAAUCUUCGGGCUCGAAGAAAGCUGGCUCGGCAAAGGGGAAAUCUGACAAAGGAUCCACAAAAGCCCCAGGCGAUGUAUACUCGAAACCGGCUUCAGGUGAUGGAUUUGUUAUUGGUGUCCAGGACUGGCGCGAUCCCGAUCUAAUUGAAUCCAGUAGUGGCUCAGAGCACCAGUCAACCUCUUCACAAUCCAAACCGAAAUCUAAUGCCCCAGGCUCUUCAAAUGGAGGGACGGAUGCUUCGCGUUCUGGCAAGGGUUAUAAAGGCCAGCAGGAGGAGCGCCUCAAAGGGGGCAGCAUUACUCCUGGCAGUGGCGAAUACGCUGAGCCCGGCCAAGAGGUCGGUAACAACGCACCAUCUCGAAAGCCCAUGGACAUAUCCAACGAAAACAAUGCCGAAGCAGAGGCUGAAGUUGAAGAUGAAGGCGACGGCAGCCUUUUUAGGUGGAUCUCGCGCCUCUCCUGGGCGGAUGAGUAUGAGGAAGACGAAGACACGUCAAAUGAGAAACCGAAAGGAGAAGGGGCCUCUAAUAUCCAUAUAGACACCGACGGCUUGAAAGGAAGUCCAAGUACUAAAGCUGCUAAGCUUGAUGGAUCCGGUAACGCUGACGAGUCUGGAGACCAUGAAGGUCUCUGGGUCACAUUGUCUCCAGCAAGCAUGUCGACCAGUCCUUUGUUCGACACCCUAUUGGUGCUUGUCGUCAGUCCCUUGGUCACCUUGACGGUAGUGUAUACACUGCUGUUACUCCGCUCUCAAAUCCGGAGGCGAAGAUGGCGGGCUCCAAAGGCCGUAGUUGAGCGAUUGCCCGUCCGGACCUAUCAUACCGUCCCAUCUAUAAGUUCGAGCUCGGGCUCUUCGUCUUCGUCUUCGUCUUCUUCAUUAUCUAUUGGGCCACCAGCAAACCCGUCAGCUGCCUCACCUCUUCUCCAAGGCGGGCCUCGGCCGGAUUCUCGUCCUCAUCCACGGACGCCUGCAGCCCACUCGGCCCAAGGUUCUGCUUCGGGACAUGGGCCGAGCUCUUCCGUCGCGGGCCAGGAACACGAAAAGGAAAAUUCAGGGCUGGCCAAAUGGAGGAAAAAGUAUACCGGCAGACAAGUGGAAUGCGUAGUUUGCUUGGAGGAAUACAUUGAUGGGGUGAGCAGGGUGAUGAGCCUUCCGUGUGGUCACGAGUUUCAUGCAGAAUGCAUAACUCCAUGGUUGACAACUCGUCGGCGAACUUGCCCAAUUUGCAAGGGCGACGUAGUCCGGUCAAUGGCUCAAGGCUCAUCCAGUCCAAUCCGUACGCCGUACCAAGAUGUCCAGACACGGGCUGCGGAGACAAGAAACGACUCACCUUCGUCGGCUCUACCCAUUACAGAAGACGUAGAAGACGAAGCCGAUCCAGAACGUGCUGACGAAUCUGCUGCUCAAACCACCAAUGAACGGCAGAGUCAUGUCGCAAACUUUUGGAGAGCCUUUCCUUCUCUGCGAGCAUGGACUUCUAGUGAUGAGCGAAGUGUAACUGAGGAGGAGUCUGAUAGAGACCGUUGAUAGUUGCACGGGCAUGGUAAAUUUUUUACAUUGGCAGAACAAGCGAAAUAAAGUUUGGCAAUCGGUCAUUUUUGGGUGUAAAGGCUAGCGGAAUGGGAGUAUAUUGAGCUAUUGUUUGACUUGCCAGCCAUCGUUUCUUUUUCCUAUCAUUUUGUCAUUGCUUCAAACCCUGGCGUUUGUAAUUAUUCCCCUCUUUCCAUUUUUGCUUUUUUUUGUGCCGUCUAGUACUCCUGAGCAUUCGACCGGAAGCUCGCCGGGGUGGUAGAGUAUGGGCGUCUACGCAGGAUCAGCUUAUUUUAUUCCAUUCUUGUAAUUUCUAUUAUCUAUCAAGCCAGCAUGCAUGACGGAUAUGCAGUUCGGCACUUCGCUCCAUACUUGUUCCCUUUUUCACUUUUCCCCGCUUUGCUCAUUUUACUAUAAGCUAUGUGAGCCAUUCGCAGCCU